UCAGCUUGCAGGCCGCACCAUCCGCCGGAGUUUUUUCGUCCCUAUCCUGAAUUUCCCCCACUCUCGUCCGCCCCUCUGUUGUGAUGUGCGCGGCAUGCACGACAGCGACGUGGUGCCGCGCGUGCGACCCCCCAUCCGGUUCCAGAGCGGAGCCCCGCGUGGCGUGGAUUCCUGUUCGCGUCAGAAUAACGGCAGCGCGGCACUCUCGUCGCUCGCCUAGUCGCCUUUCCCCAACCUUCCUUCGUUCCUUCCCCGCGCUGUUCGACGGCCACACGCCUGGCUCUCUCUCGCCGAUCCCUUCCCGCCGAUCGCGCCUCAGCUCUGCUCCAGAUUUUCCCCAGGCUAAAAUUUUAGUGUUCUGCUCCAGCGAUGAGCAGCAGGAGAUGUGACAUCAAUGCAUGGAGAUGUGGGACUCACUCAACGCCAAGUAAAUCGAUGUAUCUAGAUGCUCAACAAGCUGUCCACUGCCAAGCUACAGACCGCGAUGCUGGUUCCUGCGCUGUGAAGCAUCACUUCCCGUCUCCAAUCGUAUCUUGGAUAGAAGAUCUAUCGAGCUUUGGCAAUGUUUCUUUUAGCCCCGACACUGAAUAUGUGGAUGAGCAAGCCAGAGCUUCAGUGGGACAGUCUUCAACAUCAAGCAAUUUGCAUGACAUGCAAAUAUCAGUGAGAUUGACAGACGAAUUCAUGGAGCUUGCAAAGGAGAAUACAAGCAAUAAUCUAGAGACUUGCGGAAUUCUUGGCGCUUCAUUUAGGGAUGGAACUUACUUUGUGACAAUGUUGAUUAUACCAAAGCAAGAAGGAACUGCUCACUCAUGUCAGGCUGUUAAUGAGGAGGAGAUACAUGCUGUAUUAUCAGAGCAGUCACUUUACCCUGCAGGAUGGAUUCAUACUCAUCCUUCACAAACAUGCUUCCUGUCAUCGAUCGAUUUGCAUACUCAAUACUCUUACCAGGUUAUGUUGCCAGAGGCUGUUGCAAUUGUGGUUGCACCUACCGACCCUACCAGGAGUUAUGGAAUAUUUAGGCUGACUGAUCCUGGUGGGAUGGAGGUGCUUAGGGGGUGCGAUGAAAGUGGGUUCCACACUCACCGAGAGACAAUUGAUGGCAGUCCAAUCUAUGAAACCUGCUCGAAAGUGCACUUCAAUCCCAAUUUACGGUUUGAGAUUGUCGAUCUGCGUUCUGGUGCAUGAUCAAUGAAGCAAAGAGCAGCUUGUUCUUCCUUACGCUCCCUCUUGGCAGAAGUAUAUACCGUAGAGCUUACAGGUGAUUCCUGUUAGGUAGAUAAACAAGCUGUUAAUGAGCUGUAACCAAGAUGCCCAUAUUGCUGAUCCGUGAUAUGUCAAAGCCUUUUGACAUUUGUGCUGGUAUUCGCCAGAAAGAGCCUAACUGAAAAAUUAGCACGGGCUAUCCUGGAUGUUCAAUCUUUGAGCUGGUAUCUGUAAUUAUGUUACUUGGGAAAAAAUAACACAUGGUUAUCUUGGGCUGGGCUGAAGUGUGCUGCACCACUCCAAAUUUUUCA